CUCUCUCUCCCCCCGUCUGAGUUGUAAUUAAGCACCCAAAAUUCAUGGCCACCGCAGCAUUGCUCCGUUCACUAUGCUGUCGUGAUGUUGCAACCGCCUCCCUCUCUGCCUACCGCUCUUUGAAUAGCACUGUCAAGUCCUCGCUUCAGGGUCACCACUGGGUAAGCUUGGCAAGACCUUUUAGUUGCAUACCUGUUUGGAAUGAUGUGAAGGGGAUUGACUCGGUCACCACCAGCUCAUCUGUGGCUGAGAUGGAGAAAAAGCUGGGGUUUGAAAUCAGAAAACAUGCGGAGAUGGUCAUAUGGAACAUUCGGAUGAUAAAGAGGUACAAAACCAAGAUUCCCGGCGAGAUUGUUAAAAGAAUUGAGGAUGAGGUUUUAGAUUUGAGAAAAGCAAGUAGAGGGAAGAGUGUUUUUAGGGAACCAAAAUCCAAGAUGGACGAGAACUUGGCAUGUCGAAAUGACUCUGUUGUAUCGGGAUCACAUGGGGAUCAGUUUAGUGAUGAUGAGCAGGGUGGCGGGUACUUUGGAGGUGAAGCUUCUUGGGAUCAGUCUGGCUCAGACAUCCCCAUUAUGAACAAGAUCUUAGAGGAGCACAGAGACAAGAUUCCAAGUGACUUGGCUAGAGAAGUUGAGGCUGCAAUUAUAGAUUUGCAGAAGGCAACGGAAGGGGGUAAUGCUGAAGAGAUUAAUGCGAAGCUUGAAAAGCUGUCUCAAAGAUUGGGGAGCACAUGUACCGGGGCCCUGAUUCUGAUGAUGACUCUGUUGGUGACCAUGAUCCCGCUGGUUGUCUCAAUGAUGGGGAAUACCAUGAAGGCGAGGCUUCUAAAAAUGAUCCUGAAGCUUUUGGCGGUGGCUCUAACACGCAUGGUGGCGGCUUUGAUAAUUUUGACAAUCACUAUGACUCGUGUGGUGGUGGUGAUUACUCGUGUGGUGGUGGUGAUUACUGAUUAUUGUGCUGAUAGACUUGAUCGAUAG